AAGACAGGAACUUGAGGACUUCCGGAUUCUGUCCUUGGCUGGAGAACGAUGAUUUUCCCGGAGUUUUCAAAUGGAAAAAAAUAAUGCUACAAAUUGGCCAAGAACCUGUGGAAAUCCUGAGUUAAUUGAAAUAAUAUUUUCGAGUUAUUGCCGCGAAUCGAACGUCUAUUUGAAAGAUGUUUGAUAUCCCAACCGGCGUAGUAUCAUGUCCACAUUGUCGUCGACUGGUUAGUCAGACAACAAUGUUGCAUGCAUAACGCAAAUACAGUAACGUUAGUUUGAGUUUGUUAGCAUAAUCAGUGCCACCAAUAAUAAAUAAAAACGCGUUGAUAACGUUCGUUAAUAGCUAACUACCAAGUUAAAUAACUACUGUUACUAGAUUUCUGACAUAUACUCAAGCCUGUUCCAGCGAUCUACUGAAACCAUAGCUAGUUAGCUUGCUAACUCGCCAGUUAAUAGUUGGCUUGUGCUUAAUAAUAAUUUGUUGCCUGUGUCACGAAGUCAUUGACAAACUUACUCACGGUCCCUUGUCGACGUGUACUAUUUCCAGUUAAGCAGGCCAACUUAUGUUAGUGAACAAACUCGAUUACAUUAGCUAAUUGUUUUGUCAGGGGCUUACAUUAGCGCUGAAAUGUGUUGCCUUGUCCGCGCAUGUCAGGGGCUUACAUUGUCACGACGAAUCUUGCCACCCACCGGGGGACUUAUGUUGGCAGCUCCAAGCAAUCACAGCUUGAUGGAAGAAGUGUAUCAGACGAUAAUCAAGGGGAAUCUUUGGGACAGGUGCUAUUGGAUUAGAUUUGCCUGUAAUGCAAGGAGGAAAGAUGAACAUAAUAUUACUGUUCAUGAGGUGGAUGGAAGUCUCUUUCUAAGGGCCUGCAAAGACAUCAACCCAAGGACAGAGCUUCUGCUUUGGAGUUUCCUAGCUGAUCCUCUGGAACACGAUGGAAGCCAAGGAGGGUCACUAACAACACCAGGCAAACCUCGCAAACAAGUUACACCUCGCAAGUCCAGAGAGGAUGGAUCCCCAGAUGUAAACUCCACAGAGCAAGAGCUCAAGCUUAUAGAGCCUGAGGAGCACACUGAAGAUUCAGACAUGUCAACAACUCCACUGGGGUUUACAGAGUCUAUGGUGGUGGAGGAGGAGAAGAAAAGCCAGACUGGAAUCAAAAGGAGCAAACCUCUUAUCUACAAAAUGAACAAGAGAUGUGUGAGAGACUCUCAUUCCAGUGGUGAGAAAACAAUGGAACAGAAUAGAGAAGUUCACUCUUGCAAAAUAAUAAAAACAGAAUGUUUCAGUCCAGAAAUAACCAAUGUGCCAUGCUCUGGGGACAAACUUGUGAGUCCUGCUGACGAGCCUUCAAAGAGUAGUGAAGAACCAGAUAAUGUGGUAGGAAAACCCCAGGAGGUGCAGGGGCCACAGGUUGUCAGGGCCAGUUGCAGACGGGCUGCUGAACCCAGGAAGGUACAUUCAUUAGUCAGCUGCAUCCACAAGCGUCUUCAAGUGUGCAAAAAUGGGUAUCUGGAUCGUCAAGUGACAUUGGAGAUUACGUCCAGAGUUGGUGAUGAAAAUGGACGAGCUUGCCAAGAAACAGAUAUAAAAGCUGGAGAAAAUAUAAGCUCAGAUGAAAUCCCAAAGGAUCUUGACAAAGGGGGGAAGCAAGACACAGAGGAGUUUAUGAUGGCUCCAGACCUCUUUAACACCAGGGAAAGUGUGACCAGUGACCAGUGUGACAAGAGUUUCUUUCAGCUAUAUCACCUGAAGAAGCACAAAUUCACCCACUUGGGCCUAAAGCCUUACUUAUGCACAGAGUGUGGUAGGAAUUACAGCUCCCAAGAGAACUUCAGGGCCCACCUUCUGAUGCAUAAGGGAGAGAGGCCAUUCAAGUGCCAGCAGCGUGACAAGAGCUAUGGCCUGAAACGGGACCUGAAGGAGCAUGAAGUUCUCCAUACAGGAGAGAGGCCUUUUGUCUGCGAUAUAUGUGGGAAGGCUUUUGCCCGCUGGCCUUCAGUAUUCAUAGGGAGGCCCACCGCGCUAAGGAAGAAAAUUACCAUGCUCCUAAGCUCAAGUGCCCUGUCUGCGGUAACCAACUGGCCAAUUCAGGCUCCCUUAGGAAUCACAUGCGCUUGCAAACAGGAGAACGGCCUUAUGCCUGUCCCCACUGCAAUAAGACAUUCCGACAGCGGGGGAAUCUUUUGGGGCAUCUACACAUCCACACAGGGGAAAAGCCUUACAAGUGCAACCAUUGCAAUCAGUACUUCUCACAGGUGCCUGAACUCCGCAGACACCUCAUAUCACACACAGGGGAAGUCUACCUCUGCCCUAUAUGUGGCAAAGCCUUGCGGGACCCCCACACCUUGCGGGCCCACGAACGUUUACACACAGGGGAGAGACCUCACACAGUGUGAGCUGUGUGGGAAAGCCUACACCAUGGCCACCAAGCUACGCUGCCACAUGAAGUCCCACCUUGAGGAGAAGUCCUACAAAUGUCCGACAUGUGGUGCUGGCUACACGCUAAUGCAGAGCCUGGUUCGCCACCAGUUCUCCCAUCAAAAGAGAGAAGAUAGCUAGCUCCCCAGAUGUCCUAACACCCUAGCAGCUCUGGAGUCUAGCCACUCUGCCCCUGCUAGAGGCAGACCUAGAAAGACCCCUCACAAUACAGAGGUCAAGCCAUGGGUCGAUGUCCCUGAAGAGAACAUGGAGUGUCAGACAGUAGUGUAUGUUCAGGCCAUUGAAGACUUAGCCUUGCCUAAUUCAGGGGAGGUUAUUGUCAGCACCUGUGACUCAUACCAUGAUAGUGACAUAUCUCCUGUGGUAAUAGAGGAAGGUUUGGAACAGGAUGUGGGCCAAUUCCAGCUAAAUGAGAAUAUCAUUGAGAUAAUUGUCUCAGACUCUAAUGAUAAGUGCAUUGUUCUAAGGGAGCACAAAACACACAGCAACCUGGUGAUUCUACAUGGCGAGGAUGGACUGAGCUCUGUGGCAGAGACAAUAGAGAUCGAAACGGGAGUUUAAAACUGCAAUUCACACCAUUUUGCUUUCUGUUGCUGUUUAAUUAAAUCUUCAAAUAAAACCAAGAAUGUGAAUAAAAACUAUUUUUGCAUUCUAGAUGUACUUUACCUAAAAGAAGACAAUAAGCAGUACUUACUUCGGAAAAUACCUUCUUCAUGAAUAUCAAGUAUGUUAUGAUAUCACCAUCAGGAUACUCCAUUUAGAUUACCGGUAGUGGAGAAGGGAGACAGCUGUGAACGAGUUAAAGAUAUAAGCUAAUAUUGACUCACAUUUGUGGUGGACCUUAUCUAGCUACUACCUGCAGCAAAUGUUCUUUUCAAGGACUACUAAAACUACCUGCCCCUGUAUUUUAGGAAAUGUCUUAAUGGUUACAAAGAGAAAUCCUCAUGAAUAGUUUUCUUUUUUAUCUGACCAAAAUAUAUUUGAUCUCUGGAGAUUGUUUAUGAAGGCUUUUUAAAUAGCUUUACUGUAUUUUAACACACUGUUGUAAAUAUGGGCCCAUCAACAAUAUUAUCAUUAUUGUUGAAGACUCCAAUUAAAAGAGAGAAAAUAAGUACGUCUGUGGUGGCUUUACAACAGUUGUAUGUGUUUUUGAACACAACUUUUGACUUUUCACCUCUUUCUCCAAUGCUUCAUUCAAUAUUUGGGUGCAAAUUGUUCGAUGGUUGGGACAGUCCGAGACUGAAUCAGCAAACAUUCUGGUUUGGAGUGUGUGUUUGCUAUGCCUGUCUAUGCAGCUUAGCGGCACACACUAUCAUAGUCUAAAUUAGCAGAUAGGGGUGUUUUAAAAGGUUGAUUUAUUGUGUAUUUGUUUUUGACAUUGCCUUUAAGUCUUUAUCAUUUGGUAUUCUGUUUGUAAUUACUGAAUAUAAUUUCUUUAUAUAUAUAUAAAGUAAUCCAUGAGUAGGCCCUGACAGAAAAUAAACAAUUGAGAAAGCAAUUCU